GACUUCGGAAAAGCCUCGUGCCGGUUUCCACGAAGUUGCGGAAGGAAAACUUUCCGGAAAGUCAGUGAAGCACGACUUUUUGCGAGCGAAAGUUGGCGGAACUUGAAAAAAUGUUGGUGUGUGUUUAGUUUGUGUGUACCGAACUGAGAUGUACAAUGCUUCUGGUUUUAUACACAAUACUAAUCUUCUUCCUACGAUGUUUCGACUGUUUCUCGUCAAGUGACUGCAGCUUUAAUUCCAUGUGUUCUUGUUCAUUAGACGAGCACGACUCUACCGCCAAAACGAUUCACAGUGUCAGUUGCCUUUCAGUUCCCUUUUACAAAUUUCCAAAUUUGCCCGAAGGCAGCAUCAGUCAGCUGGAAGUAGUCGGGACUAGAACAACGAUCCUCGAAUCGGAGAGUCUGGCGGGUUGCCAAGUGCAGGCACUUAUUCUUACCAAUAACCAUCUUCAGCAUAUCUCGGAUCGAGCUUUCAGUUCUUUAUGGAAAAGCCUGACGUCUCUGGAUUUGAGCUAUAACAAACUGGACAGCAUCCCUCUAGCGGCUCUUAAAGAAAUUAGGAAUCUACAGUGGAUUAACUUGCAUGGAAAUCAAAUAUCUUCAAUAAACGGUGUAUGGUCGCACAUGAAAACCUCCGUCUCAACCCUUUUCCUCGGCGAGAAUGACAUAACCAUCAUACCAAACGAAACCACAAGCCACAACGGAAUAAAACAGACUCAACAAAGUUUGCGACAAUUUAAAUCUCUGAUUUGGUUAAACUUAGACGGAAACCGAAUAUUCGAAAUACAUAAACACUCAUUACCUAUUUGCUUGAAAACCGCAAGUCUUUCCUAUAACUUGUUGCACGUAUUUCCGAUAGAACUUAUAGCGACCUCCCCGUAUCUCCAAUGGCUGUACUUACGGGGUAACCACAUAAAAUUAAUACCGCAGUACACUUUACCGACGAUGUUGUACUUGGAGAAGAUAGACCUGGCUGAAAAUUUCAUAAGCACACUGCCUGCGUAUCUCUUUAACAAUUCAAUUAAUAUAAGAGACAUUAACUUGGCUUUCAACGACUUUAGAAUGUUAACUGAUAAUUGUUUUUCCGGCCUAAAUACAGGAAGAAUUAUUUUAUCCUAUAAUUCUAUCGAAAAAAUGGACUACGAUGCUUUUAAAGGCAUUUUAAACUCCCUGGAGUACCUGGAUCUUGACCACAACAAUUUGCAACGUAUUCCUGAAGGAAUUCGACGAUUACACGGGUUGAAAUAUCUAUAUAUUUCUUCGAAUUUACUGAAAGACAUUGAUCCAACUGCUUUUGAUAAUUUUGCGCCUAGUUUAAGAGCUCUAAGUUUGAGUGGAAACCAGUUAGUUGAAAUCCCAUCAACAGCUUUACAAAACUGUACCAAACUGUCACACUUCAACAUCGCUUUUAACGAAAUAGUUGAAAUUGAAGAAGGUACAUUUCAAAAUUGGGGAUCAACCAUUAAAAGCCUCGUGUUAUCCAAUAAUCGAUUAAUAAAGCUAUCAAAUAACAUUUUUGAUGGCAUGGAAGAACUCAACGAGUUAAGUCUGAGCUUUAACCCUCUUAGAUUUAUAGAAAAAGACGCUUUUGCAGGCCUCACAAAGUUAGAAAGUUUUGAAUUAUCUUUCGGAUUCGAGGAAAACGAACUAAACUACGAAAUUUUUGACCCCAUGGUCAGUCUAAAAGGUCUAUCGUUAGACCACAAUAAUAUUGUUUCGAUUUACCCUUCGUCUUUUUUAUUGCCCGAGCUAAUGUACCUCAAUUUGGAGUCUAAUAAGAUUAGAGCGAUCCCGAAAACGUUCCUCAAGGCGAACGUUCACUCCAAACUCCAGGACAUCCGGUUUUCAGACAACGAGCUGACGGUUAUAGAGACUGGCACGUUUAGAGCUUUACUUAAUUUGGAAACUGUCCUCUUAUCCAAUAACAAGAUUAGGAACAUCGAGAAGCAGUCGUUCUCCGACCUGCCAAAACUCAAUACGGUCAUUCUUUCGCAUAACAGGUUGAGUGAUAUUAGCCGUGAUGCUUUCACGAAUUUGCAGGCCAUCGGGAAGAUCGAUUUUUACAAUAACUUGUUGUCUGAAGUGUCUUUUACGUUUUUCACGAAUAUUUCUGGAGUGCUGCACUUGAAUUUCAGCAGAAACCAAAUUGUUUCUUGCGUUUCGGAUUCUAGAGUUUUAAAUAUACAAGUUUUCGACUUGAGAUACAACAAUUUAGAUAAAAUUCCGGUAUGUAUCGAAAAGACUUCAGCGUUAAGAAAACUGUAUUUGGAUUUUAAUAUAGUAAAUAAUUUAGAUCACAGCGUUUUUAUGCAUUUGACAUCUUUAGAAUAUCUAGGACUACAACAAAACAAUAUAAAAAGUGUGAAAAAGAAAGCAUUUUUUGGAUUACAGAACCUACAGUCUUUAGAUUUGUCGAAAAACUUCAUAAACCAACUUCACAUCGGACAAUUCGCCAAUAUGUCAAAACUAAGGAUACUAAACCUUAGUGGGAAUCACUUAAGCUACCUACCCAAAGAGAUCUUUAAAAGUACUCACAUAGAAAUGCUCGAUCUCAGCUUCAAUUUAUUCUCAGUUGUACCUAGUACAAGUCUGUCAGACAUCGGUAUAUCUUUGAGGCACUUCUCUAUGAGAUCCAAUAACAUCGAACACAUCGAUAUAACAACAUUUCCAGAUAUACCACUGUUACAGCAUUUAGAUCUAGGAAACAACAAACUGACUAUUUUACCUGAUAACGUAUUUACUAGUUUAGGACUUCUCCAAACGUUGGACUUAAGUUUUAACCCACUGAGGUCAAACUUUAAGGAAUUGUUCCAUUAUGCUCAAGGCUUGAAGUUUUUAAAUUUAGCCAACACAGGUAUGAUUGUUACACCACAUUUUCCACUGCCAGAUCUGAUAUUUCUGAACCUCUCUUACAACAGUAUUGAAACCAUUAACAAAAAUUCUGUACAACAGCUAGCAAAUCUAAAAACUCUAGAUUUGAGCCACAAUAACUUACUCCAAGUUCCUUCGCAGCUUUGGAUGCAUCUUCCUAACCUCAAAACUCUAGAAUUGUCGUACAAUCCUAUCAAAGAGCUAUUGUUUGAUAAUUUUAUAAACUUGCAAAGUCUACAGGAACUGAAUAUACAACAUCUAAAUUCUUUGAGUAGGUUUGAAAGUGAAGCUAUCACUCAGUUGAAGAUCUUAUCGAAAUUGUCAAUGCAAACGUGGCCUAAAAUUGAAAACUUUUCUGAAAGAUUGUGCCAAAUGCUCUCAAACAUCGACCAAUUACGGGUUUUAAGAAUACUAGUCAUAGAAACAGAAUUGACUGACCAAUUAUUAUGUAUAACAAACAGAAAGAUCAGAUUGUUAGAACUGACGGGAAGAAACUUGAAAAUAGUCAAUAAAGACGCAUUUGCUAGGUUUACCAAGAAUCCUGAACUAACGAUCAAACUCCAUGGAACUCAAAUAGAAGAGUUGCCUUCUGGGUUAUUUUCGAAUAUGUUUAAGAUAGCUCAUUUGACCCUGGAUCUUCGGAAUAACAUGCUGACUCAUCUGCAUCCGGAGAUUUUUUAUGGGAACUCGAGUAGGUGGAAGAAUGUUGGAACAACUUUAAUAUCAGGAGGCCUUUUUCUAUCCAACAACCCCUUCCGUUGCGGUUGCCACCUCUCCUGGCUGAGCCACUGGUUACGACGAUGGACAAGAGAAAGCCUCCAGUCCCACAAUUCUCCCAUAGAAGCAGUGAUCAAAAUGAACGAAGUUAUUAAAGAGUCCACAUGUGUUGACUCAGUUACGGGGACUAGGAUACCGAUAGUGGAUCUAGAACCUGAGGAUAUGAGCUGUCAUGCUAGCGCCCUAAGUAACGGGACAUAUUCGAACAACGCGUCUGUGAUAUUUGUUAUUCUGUUGAUAAUUAUUAAAUUUGUAAGGUAGUGUUAGAGAUGCUAAAGAGUGCUAAAAUGUCCAUUGUGUAAGAUUAAAAAAUGCAGGAUGUUCUAGUCAAAAAUACAUCAGUCUUUAAAAUUUUAAAUUCGGUCCAGUAUUUCGUUUGACAAUUUGUUGAUUCUUCAAAGUGUCGGUGAUACGGGUGGUGUUCUAUAGAUUUUAAGCAUUAUAUGUUCCCACAAGAAAAUCCAAGUGUGACUUAUUUUAAAAAACUGUAAAGGGCUUUCAUCAUCAUCAUCAGUAGCUCGACAACCCUUUUUGGGUCCUGGCUUGUUCUAGGAUUUUCCGCCAUUCUGUUCUGUCCCUUGCUUUGUUCUUCCAGUGGGUAAUCUCAAGUGUUUUCAGAUCUUGUUCCAUGUAUCUAAGUUUGGGUCUUCCCUUUUACCUUCUCCCUACUGGUGUUUGCCUCAUUAUAUGUUUUGGUGUUUCGGUCUCCAACAUCCGUUCAACAUGGCCCAUCCAGCGCACACGUCCGAUUUUUAUGGAUGUUAUGACGUCGGGUUCGUUGUAUGCUGCGUAUAGUUCAAAAUUAUAUCUUCUGCGCCAUACGUCAUUUUCUUUCACCCCCUUAUAUAUGUGUCUGAUGAUUUUUCGUUCAAACGUACCUAAUAAGUUCUCAUCGCUUUUCGACAGUGUCCAUGUCUCUGAUCCAUAUAUAAGGACCGGUUUUAUCAGGGUUUUGUAUAUUUUGCAUUUGGUUUUUCUCUCGAUGUUUUUAGAUCUUGGAUGUUUAAUUAGUCCAUUAUAUGUUUUAUUAGCAAUAUGUAUUCUUCAUUCUUCUCUUGACUUCUUCGCUGACAUUGUUAUCUGCGGUAACUAGUGAACCUACAUAUGUAAAAAAUUUUACGCUUUCGAUGUUAUAGUCUCUAUUGUCAGAUUCUGUAGGUUUCUUUGUUCUGUGUCGAUUUGCUGGCCUUCAUGUAUUUGGUUUUUAUUUCAUUAAUAUUUAGGCCACUGUUUUGUGCCGCUCUUUCUAUCGCAUUAAAUGCUUCUAUCAUUUCUCUUUUGCUUCUAGCUUUGAUAUCAACAUCAUUUGCAAAUAUCAAUAUUUGUACACUUUUUGGAUUAUUUGUUCCCCUCCCUGUCACAGGGCAUCUCCCUGUCGUAGGCCCCUUUCUAACAUGUAUUGUAUCUGUUAGUGCGUUUUGAAUUCGAAUUUGGCUCUGUACUUUAAGCGUUUCUUUUACUAUAUCAAUGAGUUGAGUUGGAAUAUUAAACUCUUUCAGGGCGUGGAUCAGAAAUUCUCGAUGGAUACUAUCAUAAGCACUCUCAAAAUCAAUGAAGAGAUGAUGUGUGUCUAUAUUAAAUUCACUAGUCUUUUCCAAGAUUUGCCUCAAGACGAAGAUCUGAUCUAUUGUGGACUUCUGCCUGCAGAAACCACAUUGAUAUCCCCCAACUAUUUGUUCCGCAUAUGGUCUCAAUCGCUCAUACACAAUAUUUGACAGUAUUUUAUAUGCCACAGUCAGUAGCGUUAUUGCUCGGUAAUUUUUACAUUCAAGGUGAUGUCCCUUUUUAUUUAGUGGAAUUAUUACUCCGGUAUUCCAGUCUUGUGGAAGUUGUUUAUUAUUCCAUAUGUUCACUAUAAGUUUGUGUAUCACAUUCAAUAGGGAGUCUCCGCCUUCUUUUAUUAAUUCUGCGCUAAUGUUGUCCAAUCCAGGUGACUUGUUGUUUUUCAGUCUGGUAAUUGCUUCUUGCAUUUCAGCUACUGAAGGGGGGUUAUUUCUCUGGUAUCCGUUUGAUCCAGUAUAAUUCCAUCGUAUAGUGGAUCUCCGUUAUGUUCAAACUUUUCUUUCAAGAAUUCAGUCCAUAUUUGUAGUAUUUCACUCUGUUGAGUUACUAUAUCUCCUUCUUUGUCUCUGCACAUCAUUGUUCUUGGUUUAAAUUCUUUUCUGGUUUUGUUAAGUUUUUAGUAGAAUUUUCUGGUUUCUGUUGGUUUAUUUAAUUCUUCAAUUUCGUGGAGUUCGUUUUCUAUGUGUUCUCUUUUUUUUUCUGCGAUGUAUUUUCUUUUCGUCCCUCCUUAGCAUUCUAUAUUCCUCCUCUGCCUGUCUUGUUCUAUGUCGUUUUGUAAUCGUUGAUAUGCAUUUUUUUUCUCUCUGUUAUGUUACGACACUCUUCAUCGAACGAAAUGGCUUUCAUAGUCAUCCCCAUUAAGGUCUUGUACUAAAUGUAUUUUAUAUGGAUGGAAUUUAUUCUUCUUUAAAAUGGCUUGGACGCUAAUUCGGUUAAUUCCAGCUAGAGCUGCUACUUUUCUCGUACUUAACAUGGAAUCUAUGUGAACAUAUUAUCGUAAUAUUGCAACUUCACUAGGUCCAUUAACUAUAGGCACUUCAGUUUUUCGUUUUUUACCUACAUUCCCAGUUUCCUGAAUUUUUUUACUACAAAACAUAGUUCAUACUGUCGUGUUUAUCUUGAUAUCGUUCAUUAAAUUGUUGAGCUGUCACAUUGGCACAUUCCUUCUUCUUCUUCUUCUGCAGCAUAUUUGCAUCCACUCCUGGACAAAGACCUCCCUAUGAGCUCUCCAUUAUUCUCUGUUUUGUUCUAUUUAUAGAUUAGUUCUUUUGUAUUGUUGCUUAUGACUACUCUAUGUCAUCAGCAAAUCUUAGAUGACCUAAAGAUCUGCCAUCGAUCUUAAUUCCACGUUGUUCCCAAUUUAACUUCUUGAACACAUCUUCUAAUGCAAGAGUAAAUACUUUUGAAGAGAUAGUGUCUCCCGGCACAUUCAGUGGCGUAACCAGGGGGAGUUUUGGGGCUUAUAAUCACCCCCAUUGGGAUGUACUUUGAGCUCUAUACGCUUAACACCCUCCUUAAUUCCAUACUCCCCAGAGACCCUUUGGUAGUUGUAACCUCCCCCCCCUCUUAGGAGCAUCCUGGUUACCCCUUUGGGCACAUUUAUUGUUCAUAAAAUACAACAAAACGAUAAAUGCCCUUUUUUGAAUGGAAUAAACCAUGGUAAUAAAUUUUCAAGGCUACAAAUUAAUGCUUACAACUUAUCAUACCAUUUAUUUAUUGUAUCUAACAAAAAAACAAAAGCUGGGUGAAGAAAUAAAUUAAAAUAUAAUCCAUUGGCGUACUAAAUAAACUAAUUAAGCAGGUAAAUAACAAAAUUUUCUCUAUUAGCUGAAACAUUUAAAUAUUGGAUUUUACAUAAAUUCAAGAGAUUAAAAAUGUAAAGAAUAGUAUUCAUCAUUAUUUUUGAUUUGAACAUCCUGUAUAUAGUUAUAAAAGCAAUAAUCCAGUUAUUAUGGUUUGGUUUUUGUCUUUCUCUUUACAACAAACAAAUGCCAAUUAUAAAAUAUAAAAUAAAUGAAAACAAAUAAUAAGACCAGCACGUUCAUUUAAAUUAAAUAAAACUUACAUAUUACAAACAAUUAAAAUUUACUAUAGUAAUAAAAAACCACAUUUUAUGUGCUAAAUAUUUUUUUCUAAUUCUUAUCCUUAACGCCCCUUCAGGCGUAUGAUUUUAAUUUACUGUUUGAUCAUAUUGAUUGUAUAUGGUGCAUUUAACUUAUUAUUAUUAUUUUAAAAACAACCUAGAUAUCAAACAGGAAAAAGAUGUUUAAUUAUUUAUUAUACGAAACUCCAAAUAAAUCAGUGAGCUUUAAAAUGGACUGUACUUACAAUAUAAUCCUGUCGUCAGGGGGGUACAACGGUCUCCUUUAUUCAGAUGGACUUACCUAAGUUUUUUUAUGUAUUUUGACCCGUAAAACACGAAUUGUUUGGGUAACAGUUGAUCAGGAUGUCGAUAAGACUGUUAUAAACAAAGAACUUGAGGAAUUACAUAACAUAUUUUUUGUAUUCUUUGGGCCAUUCUAAGCAAAAAAUGUUCUUACAAGUUUUUUCGGUUUUUCGUAGGAUGCAUAGUUUUCGAGAUAAACGCGGUUGAACUUUCAAAAAAUUGAAAAAUUACAUACAAUUUUUUAACCCGAAUAACUUUGGAUUAAAAAAUAAAAUGGCAAUUCUGCUUACCGCAUUUGAAAGUUCAAGUCAAAUUCCAUCGGUUUUGAUUAUUUGCAUUGCUAAGAAUUAAUUUUUUUAUUGUUAAACAAAGCUAUAAACACAUAGUGCUUGAGUGAUGUUUUCAAUGCAUUGCUCAUUUAAAAUCGAACGAGUAGACGACCCUACAAACAGGCAAUCUCUACGUAGCAUUCAUUAAAACGCAUGCAUUGGGUACGGGAAACACUACUUGUUUAUAGCUUUGUUUGACAAUAAAAAAAUUAAUUUUUAGGAAUGCAAAAAAUCAAAACCGGUAUAAUUUGACUUGAGCUUUCAAAUGCAGUAAGCAGAAUUGCCAUUUUAUUUUUUAAUCUAAAGUUAUUCGGGUUCAAAAAUUGCAAUUUUUCGAUUUUUUGAAAGUUUAACCGCCUUUAUCUCGAAAACUAUGCAUGUUACGAAAAAACUUGUAGGAAUAUUUUUUGCUUAAAAUGACCCAAAAGAUACAAAAAAAAUGUUUUGUUUUCCGAAAAAUCGCUGUUAUGUAAUUACUCAAGUUCUUUGGUUAUAACAAUCUUAUCGACAUCCGGAUCAACUGUUAUGCUUUUUCUCAUGAGCAUCUUUCAGUGCGUCAGUUUUUCGAUUUCAUUCUAACGCAUUAAAUUGUAUGUGACAGAAAAAAACGCACGUCGGUGAUUACAUUUCAUCGGUGACAUUUAUAACAUUUAUUCUAGUUGUCAAUAGAUGGCGCUAUAAUCGAAAAAAAUUUAUUUACGAAUUAUAUAAUAUAUCUACGAAUAUAAUCUAUACAAUUUAUAAGACUAUACAAAUCAAAGAAUAAACACAAUGGAGUUGGUUUUAUGCCAAAUUGCAAAUAAAAUGUGACAACUGUCAGAUUUAACUAAAAUGUCAUGUCACUAAAAUGUAUAUUAUCACGGACUUACCUUUUUUCUAUCAUUUGUGACGAACUGGAAAAUGCUCAUGAAAAGAAGCAUACUCAAAAAAUUCGUGUUCUACGGGUCAAAAUACAUAAAAAAACUUGGGUAAGUCUAUCCGAAUAAAGGAGGCCGUUGUACCCCCCCCCUGGCGACAGGACUAAUAGGGAAAAUUGAAAAAAAUAACAGUAAAAAACGGACCUUAAAGUAAUUUGUAAUGAAAUAUUUCCUACCUCGUCAGUUCUCGGUGAAAAAUCUUCAGCAGGUCUGCUCCUUUCUCGUACUGUUAUUUCUGAGUUGGAUGUAGAAUUAACUUGCGAGAAACAGUAUUUUCUAUACACUUUUCGAAGAGAGAGUUGAAAGCGACUAUUUAUUGUCUUUUAAAAUAAUACGAGUAGGCAAGUAGUCAAAAUAAAAAACUUAAAUUUUUUUUACGAAAAGGUAAAAAUAAAUAAUUUACCUCACUGAUAAAGCUAUAAACUAAAGCUACUUCACUAAUAAACUACACACACCGGCAAAAUUAGCCGAACACCUUAAAAAAGGUACAUGUUUGAUAUCUCGAAUCUCCUAAUCCUGUUGUCCGAUUUGAGUGAUUCUUUUAGCAUGUUAUAGCCUUAUUAUUUAAUAAUAUCGUUGUAAUAAUAUUGUUGCCAGACAGGUAAAUAUCAUUUUAUACCGGGUGUACCAAGCAUACUGUGUUUUUUUCUUAAAGUUUGGAACACCCUGUGAAAUAUUCUACCAUAUGUAAAAUAUUAAAAUCAAUACUCGACUGCAGACUAAGGGCCGGUUGUUCGAAAGCUAAUCAACAAUGAUCAUUAUCAAAUAUUUAAUUACUGUCCCCAACUGUCAAUGUCAACUUUGUUUGGGUUACUGAAAACAUAAUAUGAAAUUACUUAAUCAAUUAUGUUAAUAUUUGGUAUGUUAAUUGAGUAACUAAUCUCAUAAUUUUAAUCAAUUAUGUUUUCAGCAACCCAAUAAAAGUUGACAUUGACAGUUUUGGUGACAGUAAUUAAAUAUUUGAUAGUGAUCAUUGUUGAUUAGCGUUCGAACAACUGGCCCUUAGGCUAUCUUAACAUCUUCCUUUUUGAUUCAUUUACUUAUGUAAGAUAAUAAAAAAGUUAUGUGCGUUAACAACUAUCCAUGUUUUUCAUCAAUAAAUCCUCAUAGUAGGGGAGGAAAGUAUACUAAAUUUGCAGUUACUCGAGCGUUAUGGCGACCUAUUGGAUUGUGAAGAGUAUGUCCUAAAAUCAGAAAAAGGUUGAGUUAAGUUUUCCAUAAAAUGGGGGACUUUUCAUUUUUUAAUUUAAUUUUCCAUUUGAAACAAUCAUUUUUCUCCGAUUAUAGCGCUCUCUAUCCAUAAUUCGAAAAAAUGUGUCGAAUAAAAGUUGCUUAUUUUUACGUAAAGAAUCCAAAUCUGAAAUAAAAAUUGGGGGCUCCUAUUUAAAAUUUUAAAUUAAAUCCUCCACCCCACCUCCGUGGGGGCUCGUGACACCCCACGGAGAGGGGUGGGGGGUAAAUUAAAAAUUUUAAAUACGAUCCCUGCGAUAUUUCGCGAAAUGAACAUCAGAUCGUAAAACUGCAAAAUACACCUAUUCAAUAUUUUUCAAAAAUCUACCGAAUGACACCAAACACGACUCCCCAUGGAGGUGGGGUGGGGGUUACUUUAAAAUCUUAAAUAGGAGCCCCCAAUUUUUAUUGCAGAUUUGGAUCCUUAACGUAAAAAUAAGCAACUUUUAUUCGCAACAUUUUUCCAAUUAUGGGUAGAUAUAGCCUAUAUUUCCCAUAAUCGGAAAAAACGAUUGGUGGAAACGGAAAAUUAAAUUAAAAAAUUGAGAGUGCCACACUUCAUGGAAAACUUAACUUAACUUUUUUUGGUUUUAGCAACCACUCUUCACAAUCCAAUAGGUCCCGAUAAUGCUCGAGUAACUGCAAAUUUAGCAUACUUUCCUCCCCUACUAUGAGGAUUUAUUGAUAAAAAGCAUGGCUAGCUGUUAAAGCACAUAACUUUUUUGUUUUCCAACAUAAGCAAAUAAAUCAAAAAAGAAAAUGUUAAGAAAGCCUAAGUCUA